GUUCUUGGGGUAGUUCGUAGCAUCUUGGUGAUGGGUUUGCCACCUAUUUACUUAAACUGGGUAAAAUAAGUGACAGAAACAAUGUGCUUGCAUGUCUUUGUAUCCCUUGAGUGAAUCUCAGUGUUACUGUAGUGGUAUCUGUAUGCGUCGAUGCUAUAUAUAUACAUGCAUAUACAUUGAGUGUGGAUACUGCCUUUUUGCCUGCAGCUUCAUCCUUCAUACACUGUGCUAUCCAAAUGCAGGUUUUUGGUCAUGCGUAACUUCAGGUUUCUAUUGAACACUCCUGAACUGCAUGGCAACAUGUGAGCAGUGCAGCACCAAGGAAAGUAAAUGUGCAUAAAACUGCAAUCUCCUUUGGUUAUUCUACUUUGCUAGUUAUGUAUGUUUGCCGUGUGAGAAAGAGAAAUGUAUUUGAUACAAAGUUAUGUGUAUUUGUCUGCAGAUAUUUGCAUUCCAUAUUUGAAACUCAGGCUCACGAGUUAUUUGUUUGGGUUGUUAAAACCUUUCAUGUUGCUUGAAAUUCAGUGCUUGUAGUUUAUCUAUAAUCCUUGGCAGGUACAGUAGCUCAGUGGAGUACAAUUUUUAACCCAAACGACUUUUCGGAACAAUGACAACUGAAAAACAUUUUUCUUUUUUCUUUCCUUCUUUCUUCUUUAGAUUCUUUAUCUUUGUUCAGGAGUCUAAGGUUGCUUGCUGAUAACAAGAAGAUGUUUCUGUGGCUCUUUCUGCUUCUGUCAUCUCCAGUUUCUUCUACAACUGCAGAUGCUGAUAUAUCUGUGGAAAUUUGCAAUGUUUGCUCCUGUGUGUCAGUUGAGAAUGUGCUCUAUGUCAACUGUGAGAAGGUUGCAGUCUACAGACCAAAUCAGCUUAAGCCACCAUGGUCUAAUUUUUACCACCUUAACUUUCAAAACAACCUCCUAAUUGUUCUAUAUCCAAACACCUUUCUUAAUUUUACACAUGCAGUGUCCUUGCAACUGGGUAAUAAUAAAUUACAGAACAUUGAGGGAGGAGCAUUCUUGGGUCUUAGUGCAUUAAAGCAGUUGCACUUGAACAACAAUGAAUUAAAGAUUCUCCGAGCUGAUACCUUCCUUGGCAUAGAGAACUUGGAGUAUCUCCAAGCUGACUACAAUUUAAUCAAGUUUAUUGAACGGGGAGCCUUCAAUAAGCUUCACAAGCUGAAAGUCCUCAUCCUUAAUGACAAUCUGAUUUCAUUCCUUCCUGAUAAUAUUUUUCGAUUUGCUUCUCUAACCCAUCUGGAUAUACGAGGGAAUCGAAUACAGAAGCUUCCAUACAUUGGGGUUCUGGAGCACAUUGGGCGAAUUGUCGAGUUGCAACUGGAAGACAACCCUUGGAAUUGUACUUGUGAUUUGUUGCCGUUGAAAGCGUGGCUGGAGAACAUGCCCUACAACAUCUACAUCGGCGAGGCCAUCUGCGAGACACCCAGCGACCUGUACGGGAGGCUGCUGAAGGAAACCAACAAGCAAGAGCUGUGCUCCAUGGGGACGGGCAGCGACUUCGACGUGCGCAUCCUGCCUCCCGUGCAGCUGGAGCCGGGCUACAGCACCCCCAAUGGCCACACCACACAAACCUCGGUGCACAGGUUGGUCACGAAGCCUCCGAAAACUACCAAUCCUUCUAAGAUCUCGGGGAUCGUAGCAGGCAAAGCGCUGUCCAAUCGCAACCUUAGUCAAAUCGUGUCCUACCAGACCAGGGUGCCUCCCCUAACGCCUUGCCCGGUGCCCUGUGUUUGCAAAACACAUCCUUCUGACCUGGGAUUAAGUGUAAAUUGCCAAGAAAGAAAUAUAGAGUCAAUGGCCGAACUCGUACCGAAACCUCUAAAUGCCAAGAAGCUGCACGUAAAUGGCAAUUACAUUAAGAACGUGGACACAGCAGAUUUCACCGAGUUCGAGGGGCUGGAUUUGCUGCAUCUAGGCAGCAAUCGGAUUUCAGUCAUCAAGGGAGAAGUUUUCCGCAACCUUACGAAUUUACGGAGGUUGUAUCUCAAUGGCAAUCAGAUAGAGCGCCUCAGCCCAGAAAUGUUUGCUGGCCUCCACAAUUUGCAGUAUCUAUAUUUGGAGUACAAUGUUAUCAAAGAAGUCUUAGCAGGCACUUUUGACUUAAUGCCAAAUCUGCAGUUGCUCUACCUGAACAACAACCUUCUGCGAAGCUUGCCAGCCUACAUUUUUGCUGGCGCGCCGCUUGCCAGACUGAAUCUGAGGAACAACCAUUUCAUGUAUUUACCUGUAAGUGGCGUUCUUGAUCAGCUAAAAUCUCUGACGCAAAUCGAUCUGGAAGGUAAUCCAUGGGACUGCACGUGUGAUUUAGUUGCUUUAAAACUGUGGCUUGAAAAGCUUAAUGAAGGUAUAGUGGUGAAGGAGCUGAAAUGUGAAACACCUGUGCAGUUUGCUAACAUUGAACUGAAGUCUCUGAAAAACGAGAUCCUCUGUCCUAAACUCCUGAACAAGCCAUCUGCUCUGUUCUCCAGUCCCGUGCCUGCCGUCACUUUUACAACACCGCUGGGACCAGUUCGGAGUGCUCCUGGCGGCCCCGUUCCCUUGUCCAUCCUCAUCCUAAGCAUAUUAGUUGUGCUUAUUUUAACUGUGUUUGUUGCUUUUUGUCUUCUCGUUUUUGUGCUUCGGCGCAACAAAAAACCAACUGUAAAGCAUGAAGGGAUGGGAAACCAGGAAUGCAGUUCAAUGCAACUGCAGCUAAGGAAGCACGAUCACAAAACAAACAAGAAAGACGGACUGGGCGCAGAGGCCUUCAUUCCUCAAACCAUCGAGCAGAUGAGCAAAAGUCACACCUGUGGCUUGAAGGAGUCUGAAACAGGCUUCACGUUUGCUGAUCCACCGGGGCAAAAAGUCAUUCUGAGAAAUAUUAAUGACAAGGAGAAAGAUUUGUUGCACGUGGAUACCAGAAAAAGACUCAGCACAAUUGAUGAACUGGAUGAAUUGUUCCCCGGGAGGGAUUCCAAUGUAUUUAUUCAGAAUUUUCUUGAAAGUAAAAAAGAAUACAACAGUAUAGGGGUCAGUGGCUUUGAGAUACGCUACCCAGAGAAACAACAAGACAAAAAAAACAAGAAAUCCCUAAUAGGCGGUAAUCAUAGUAAAAUUGUAGUAGAACAAAGAAAGAGUGAAUAUUUUGAACUAAAAGCUAAACUUCAAGGUUCACCUGACUACCUACAAGUCCUUGAAGAACAAACAGCUUUGAAUAAAAUAUAGGUCAUGCAAUCUUAUUGCCUACAGAGGACAUUUAUUUAAUGAUGAAAGUGCCUUUUGUUGACUCUUAACUUCCAAAUACUAUAUUAUAUUGACAGGCAUAGAGACAGGGGUAUCCGAGGGUUCUGAUUAACGGUAGCUGCGUAUCAUUUGUCGGUAGAGGAGAAAUUCCUUAAUAGGUUUUACUACAUAAAGCUCAUGCCCUGUGGGAUCUUGUAGGGAUACUGCAAACUCUAUUGCCAAAGGGAUGCUUUAUACACGAUACACUGAAUUUAACCUCAAGAGGCAUAUAUGUUUUGUACCUUAAAUGCUAAACCUUCGUCUCCUUGUGAUUUGUUAGAGCAAACACAAGAAACCUGGUACUGGUGUUUGUACCUCAGCUGGGUCCUUCAUCCUGCACGUGGAUUUAAGUUGGUGGAACUGGAGUAAUCCUUUGAUUUGUGGUGUUGUAAUGGCACUGUUUAAAGAUUAUCUGAAAAGUAACAAGCAUGCAAAGAGAGAACAUUCGAUAGUACGUGUAAAUUGGUUACAUUUAUGGCCUGCAUCUUGAAACCACUUGAAUUAUAAUGUUAAAUUGUGCAAAUAUUUGUUUAAAAUAUACCAUGCGUUACAUACCGAUGAAAUAAAUUUGACCACUUGAAACAUACCUGUCUAUAGAUAAAAUUAAAACAACAAAAAAAGUAACCUGACUUCUGCAGCAUUUGUGGUGAUCUGAAGAAAAUAUUUGAUGUUUAUGCAGAAUCUGUUGUAAGACUCAUCUCCAAUGAAAACUAGAGUUCCUUCUCAGUUAUGUGAAACGCUUGCAACCCUAACGGGUUUUCCAGAAUUGUCAAAGUGCUUACUGUGUGAGCGUAGCAGAAACUAUUUUUGUAAUAUAAUUCAUAUUUAUGAAAUACUUUGUAUACUAAAUAGGAAAAUAUGUACUCCUUAAUAUGUAUUUAAUAUGCCUGACUUGUUUUCCUGAUCACAAUGCAUUAUUCAUUCAAUAUAAAUAAAAACAGAACAAUAUACCAAACAGAAUCCGGGUAUGUAAUGUAUAGAAUUAUCCAGAAUUAAGUGAUCAGGUAUAAUAAUAUUAAAAUUGUUCUGUAUUAUUCUUGUGAAAUUAGCAUAUUAUCUUAUUUCAGAUUUGUUACCAAUGGUGCAUUUUAAAAUAGAUUCAUUAGUUUUUUAGUAUUGUGUCUCAGGCAAUGACUUGCCAUCAGUUGUCUUGCUUUUCAGGGUUCUACAGCUUAAUCUAAAUCGUUUUCACUACAGGUAUUUACAGGAAUUCAUGAUAAGGGUAGUACUUUAAUUGUAUAUGCAUCAAUUUUUGGUUCUUACUAUCUGUCAGACUGCUUUCAAUCAGAAAAUCUGUCAGAACAGUAAACUGUAUGGGAAAUCACAUCUAUUUAAAGCCACACUGUAAAAUGGAUAUAGUGGUCUCAGUUCAGUUCAGAGUAUUAUGUAGUUCAUAUGUAUAGGCAGUAAAACCUUUGUGAAGGUUGAUUCUGAAUAGCUAGAAAAGUAGACAGGAGGAUGGAAAAUACCCACUUUAUUGUCCAGAUAGACAGAUGAUAGCUUGAGAUGAGAGUAGAGAUGGACUUGGUAAAGUAUCACACAGGAAAUCUAUACUAUGAGACUUAAGUUCAUUGAUGUGAACAGGAGUUUUUUCAUUUAUUUCAACGAGACCCUCUAUCUCCUUUGCUUCCAGAACUUUUUUUUUCCCUCAUUUAUAGUCAAUAAAUAUAUCGAUCAAGAUUAGUAGGAAAUAAGCAUGAGUAUUUUUCAUGAAUUUGAAACUAGCAAAUAUAACAGCAAGACCCACACUAAUAUGGGGAAGGCUGUUA